AUGAAUGACGCGGAGAAGAACGCGUCGAAAGGGCUGGUACCGCUCCAUCGUCACACGGCCACCGCAAGAACGCCGCCGCUGCCAGACCUUCCGGAGGAGUUGAUAAUUGAAAUCUUGCUGAGGCUUCCGGCAAGGACGCUUGUUUCCCUAAGGAGCAUGUGCAGAUCAUGGAGAAACCUAAUUUCAUCCCCUGACUUCACCCGCAAGCACCUUCGUCGUUCAUGCUUACGCGAUCCAAGCCUGACUUCGCUACGAAUUGCUUGUUACAACAGAGGCAAUGGUGUCAGAUACGACAGUUUUGGAAUUCUGUCCGUACAGUCAAUAAUGGAGAACCCUUCUGAACCUACUAAAGUCGAUUACUUCAGUGGACAAAGCUACAACAGAAUCGUUGGUUCUUGCCAUGGAUUGUUAUGCUUUUUUGAAGAUGACGGCCAGAAUCUACAUGGCUUCUUGUGGAACCCCUGUACCGGAUUCAUAUUCCAAUCCCCGCAAAUCAGCGGUCAAGCCAUCCUUUGUGGCUUUGGUUACGAUCAUUUCAGUGACAGCUACAAGCUCCUUGGAAUUAUAAUGGAGAACGUGCCAUCUGGUUUGGAAUUUAGUACCAGAAUUUAUACAUUUGGACCAACUUCUUCCUGGAGGAGAACUGAUGAUUUCCCAUUUGACCAUGGUGAACUAACUGACGAGCCUUUUAUGCCUGAUAAUAUGGAAGGGGUAUUUUUUGGUAGUUCCCGAGUAUGCACUAUUAAUUGGAUUGUUAAUCGUCGGGUAGUUGUUUAUUUUGACUUGGAUGAAGAGACUUAUGGUCAAUUUCUCUUGCCUUAUAAUAAUUCAGAUGAUGAUUAUUUUCGGAGGAUGAGAACUUAUUUAUGUAUCUUGAGAAACCGUCUUUCUAUUUGUUGUGAGUAUUUGAAGGCACGACACUGGAUUGUGUGGCAGAUGAAGGAAUACGGAGAUGCUCAAUCUUGGACUAAAUUGAUAUUUUUUUAA